CCCUCUCUCAUUUUUAAACAAUAAUAAACGUCAUUUUUGGUUGUAUGAAGAAAAAUAAUACAGUAAAAAAGAUUUGAAGUCACUGUAUUAAAAAACGAAGUAUUUAAGAAAACAUAAUUAUUAAAAGGAAUAAAAAGCUACAAAAAAUAUUGUUUUAAUAAAUAAUUAAUGAAAAUUUCAACAAACAAAAUGAACAAGUGAAAAUCUUAUUGACGUACAAAAAAUAAGGUAUUGUUUUAUUCUCCCAAAUACUAUUCAGGCAGUAGAGGUGACUGCCACCGAAAAAGCAGCAGUGUAUCAACCAAAACAAAAUAAUAUCUAAUUUAUAACAAAAAAAUAAAGAAAUUUAACUACAAUGAGAUUUGUUCGUGAUCCCUGUGGUGUGGCUUGUCUAAUAAUUACAUAUAUGAUGGUAAUUUAUGCUGAUUAUGUGGUGAUGAGAUGGAUUAUUUUGCAGACAAUGCAUGACAGUAUUUGGGCUCCGUUACAUGUGGUUCUAUUCAAUACUGUCGUUUUCCUAUUGGGCUUAUCUCAUCUUAAGGCGGUUUUAUCAGAUCCGGGAACAGUGCCCUUGCCAGCGAAUCGUCUAGAUUUUUCUGAUUUACAUACGGUGGGAAAAAAUAAUGGUACAGGCAAUGGUCACAAUGAGUGGACAGUAUGCACACGUUGUGAAACUUAUCGACCACCGCGAGCUCAUCAUUGUCGCAUUUGUAAGCGGUGUAUUAGACGAAUGGACCAUCAUUGUCCCUGGAUUAACAAUUGUGUAGGGGAACGAAAUCAAAAAUUUUUCUUGCAAUUUUUGGUAUAUGUUGGCAUGCUGGCGCUAUAUUCGAUUGCAUUAGUUGUUGGAUCUUGGAUAUAUCCGUGUGUGGAAUGUGGAUCGGAUACUUUGGAGUCACAGACAAGAUUAUUACACAGUGUUAUAUUGCUUUUGGAAUCGGCCCUAUUUGGUUUAUUCGUUUUAGCAAUAAUGGUAGAUCAAAUGCACGCCAUAUUGCACGAUGAAACCGCCGUAGAACAGGCUCAACAAAAGGGAUCAUAUAGACCAAAUAGACGUAAAUUUUAUUUAUUAGCUGAUGUAUUUGGUAGAGGUCAUCCCGCUUGUUGGCUGCUGCCUUGUACAAGUUUUUCAUCGUCCUCCUCUACUCUGCGUUACUAUGAUACACCCCUACUGAGUCAUGAUGUUUAAAUUACGAAAAAAAAAUAUAUAUUUAAAGAUAAGAUCUAUUUUUUGUUAUUAACAUUUUCUCAUUAAAAAGUAAUGGUAUUUUAAGUAGAAUUUAUUUUGCAAGCAGAAAUUCUUAUUUAUCUGUAUUUUAUAAUUUUCUUUUGCAUUUAAUGUACUAUUGUGUUGUAAAAUAUACUGCUGAUAAUAUUUAUUUAUUUUUAUUUUAUUUACAUAUUUUAUUUAUGUAUAGUUUCAUUGCAAUUCCCUGCUUGCUUCUAAUUCAUUUAUACAUUUUUGUAUUAUGUGUGUUCAUUAACAAAAAAAUGUUACAAAUUAUCACAAAUUGUUCUUGUUCAAUCAAAUUUCAAAUAUUUUUGAGAAAAUUAGUAACAAUUUUUAGCAACACUGUGUGUAAUUUUUUAAAUCAUGGUUGAAUAACCAUAUACGGACACCACUAUAUUAUAAAAGACCAAAAAUAAGAAGACCCUUCUAGUUUUGCCCAAAGUCAUGCACUUUUUUAGUUAUAGGCCCCCAAAGAUUUGGGGCCUCGGUGUCAUUUUUAAAAAAUGUAAUAAUUUUGUCAGGCUCACAUCUUGCAAAUCCUUCGGAAUUUUUAUUUACUUUCUAAGGGAAUGUUGUUGCUCUUAUCACAAAGAACCAGAAUUGUGAACAUAUAAAGUCAAAAAAUUAUCUUCGUGAUCAGAAUCGCAAAAAUUAUUUUUUUUUAAAUUAUUUGCCUGUGCAAGUUUAAAAGUAGCAAACCGUUUAAAAUUUAAGAAAACAGUUAACUACGAAAAUGUACCUAAAAUCUCAAUUAACAAUUUUUAGAACAUAUGAACUUCCUAGGAAUGAUAAGUAAGUCGUAAAAGUGAAAAGUUUCCUGAAAAAUGUUUCAUUUUGUUUUUCUUUACUUCAACAUUAGGGUCCCGUGGCCCACUUUUUAGGAGGAAUACCUUUGUAACGAAGCGUUUCAAUGAACUACAUACGGAAAAAAUAAAAAAAACAUUUUUUUGAAAAGGUCCUCAGUUCCCUACCUGCGAUUGAAAAUCUUAAUCUCAAUGCAAUAUAUUCAAAAAUCUUUUUCUGCAAUCUUUUGGAAUUGGGUGUCAAAAAAUACGUAAUUUUAAGCAUGCAAUGGGAAAAAAUUAAAAUUGUUGUUAGUGUAUUUCUGGUCCCCAAAAUAACAUUUAUAGUAUUGUAAGGGGCAUACAAAUUUCAAAAAAUUCUGAAAUAAACUAAACCAAAUGCCAAAUAAUUUUUGCAAUAUUUUUCUGUAUGAGCUAAAAAUUACAACAAUUUUGAUACCCAUUUCAAUAAAAAGCAAAAUCAAAACGCCUCUCAAACUCACUAAAAAUCAUUUUGUGGACCAAAAAUAUUCUAUAAUUUUUUAAAAUUAUUUUUCCCGUAAUCAGCUCAAAAUUACAGAUUUUUCGAGACCCAUUUCAAAAAAAUCGAAAAUGUUUUAUUUUUCAAAAUUUAAACUGAGGUCAGGAUUUUUAAUCAAAUUCAGGAAUCUUUUCACUUUUUUGACUUAAAUAUCAUUCCUAAGAAGUUCAUAUGUUCUAGAAAGUUGUUUAUUGAGAUCUUAGGUACACUUUUGUAGUUAACUGUUUUCUUAACAACAACAUUCCCUAAGAGAGUAAAUGAAAAUUCCGAACGGUUUGCAAGAUACGGUUUGAGAAAAUUAUCACUAUUUUCAAAAAUGACACCGAUGCCCCAAAUCUUUGGGGGCCUAUUACUAAAAAAGUGCAUGACUUUAGACAAAACUGGAAGACACGGGUCUUCUUAUUAUUAAUCUUUUAUCAUAUAGUGGUUUCCGUAUAUGGUUAUUUUUUUCGUGUUGCACUGUGUUAUUGAACAAACAUAUUAUUUUAUGUUGUUUAAUUUAAUUCUUUAUUUUGGUCAUUGUAUAUGUAAUUGGAAAUUUAAACAAUUUAAUUAGCCUUAAUUGUAAUUAUAAUUUAAUAUAAUAUUAAACAUAAUCACAUUUUUGAAACAAAUUACAGUUCUUAAUGUAAAAAUGGACUAAAAAACUUUCUCUUUGUAUCUGUAUGAUUAAUUUUAAGUAGAGCCUUUAAAAUUUGAAUUUUUUAAAUAAUUAAUGAUAUUAUAAUUAUUUACUGUGAAAAUGCAUUUAGGUUUUAUUUUUACUGUUUGGUUUAAUCGCGGAGGUAAAAAAUAAAUUAAUUGUUUAAGGUUUGAGGCAUUAAUGAAACAAAAAUGAAAGAACAUCACAAUUUUUAGGACGAUUUUUCGCAACGUGAAUUUAUAAUGUAAAAUUUUAUUAAAAAAUAAAAAUAAAAUAUUAGAGUAAACACAUAUUUUAAUUAUGAUUUAUACUAUUUAGCACAUUUACUCCUAAGACUUAAUAAAAACACAAAAACAAAAGAU